AUGCGGCUCUCCAUCCUCAUCACCAGUCUGACCACCACCAUAUCCAUAGUCUCCGCAGGUUGUUACGGCGACGGAGCAGACCUCAACAAGAACCACGCGCGCUAUUUCAUCCCAAAAUACUGCGAACACGCCGACGGAUACUACAAUGCGAACCAAGUUUGGAAGUGGUGUUACAGGAUGGAAGAUGUAGGGAACGGAGCCGGUCAGCCAGUCAAGAGAUACCUCCUCCUCGAAUUCGAUCGUAAUGGCGCUGGAAAGGACUUGAGCAACUCGGCUUGCAAGGCGUAUCUGAAUGAGAUUGUCAAUGAAUGUGGACGCGGAGGAAGAAAGGAGUCUGGAGAUAAGUGGAGCUACAGAGUCGAUCCUGGUGACAGCUGCGAUGGCGUCAAGCCUACUUGGCUGUCUGUGAAUGAAGGUAUGCAGAUCUAG